AUGCCUAAAAUAACAUCAAAAGGUGACAUUUAUUUUGAACCAAUUAGCGAUAAUAUAUUCAAAAAACCAUCAAAUUUAUUUUUUAACAAAAAAAUUAAUAAAGUUGAUUUAAAUUGCAAUGAUAAUAACAAAAAAUUCGAGUGUACACCAAUACUUACUCCCAGAAGAGCCACUUCCUGUUGUCGAAAUUAUGAUUUCAUUCCGACAUCGGUUCUCAUACAAAAACUUUUUCAUACAGACAAGCCAGCAGAUUUCAACGACACCGCGUACAAUCAAAAAACAAGGCAGUUACUAUUUUAUUUGCAUCGGAUGUGGCUCAAUCAAGCUAUGUGCGAUGUUAUCAUAAAUGCCAUAGGUGGGGCAAUAAUGACCCAUCAAGUUGUUUUGUGCGCCUACAGCCCAACGUUGUCCAAUAUUUUUUCUCAAAUGCAAAUUCAAAAAACUGCAACGAUCAACAUGUUUCAAAUACCAAAAGAAGUAUUAGCUGAAGUGCUGAAUUUUCUUUACACAACAGAUUUGCGUCUAAACUGUCGUGUAAUUGAAUAUGUUGUGCUGUGUGCCAAACAAUUAGAUCUGCCUAUAAUUUUAGAUGUAUGUAGUGAUUAUCUAGUGCAAGCGGCUGAUGCAGAAAACAUUAUUCUCCAUUACUCAGUGGCGGCAAAUAAUGAACUCGAAGAAAUCAAAGAACAACUUUUAACAGUAAUAGCAAAGUCUUUUGAUGAAAUUCAUUCCCACCCACACUUUUAUCUUCUACCGUUCGACCGCUUGCAUGAAAUUUUAAAGAACAAAAACUUUGACACAUUUGACCUUAAAUUGAUGGAAGCAGUGGUAGAAUGGAUUGAUUUUGAUCGUAUCAAAAGAAUAGAUCACGCAAGAGAUUUACUGAACUAUGUGAAUUUUGAAAAAAUAGAUCCAACGCAUUUAACAGCUUUGUUAGAUAGGUAUGAGUGGUUAGCCGUUGAUGAAACUUGCCGAGAUCUUAUCUUUGACAUCUACAAGUUUCAUGCUCUUUCUACUGUUCGAGAUGUAAACAACACUUUGAGCUUUGAUAACGGUACAUUUGGUACUAAAAGCAGAAAUUGGGAGUCAUCAGAAGGUUCAAAUCCGCCCGUAGCAUCAUUCAGCAGUAUUAGAAAUGUUUUCAAAGUUAGAAAACCAUCAGAGAAUGAUUGCGUGACAAAUUUUGACAAAAAGUUUAAAGAUUUGUUUGAAGUGAAAAAUUAUAACUUAAAACCUCCAUUAAAAUCUAGCCAAAGAGACGAGAAAUGGUAUGAGAACGAUGUUGUCAAUGUAUGGAGCCCACCGUUUGCAAGAAAAAAUGAUUAUUUAGUUAGGUCUGGUGAUCUCAGUUACAAUGAUAAUUUUGAUUUAAAAAAAUUUCAAAUAAGCAAUCGUGAGAACUCGUCCUUAGACGGUAGAAAUGAUAUCUACAAAAACAUGGACUACUGCAUCACAAACUUGAAUAACAUUCAGCCAAUUUGCAAAAAAAGUGCAACUUACAACAACCAAGAUCGUAUUUUCAACAAUUUAAAAAGAUUGCGACCGCAUCCUAAACUAAAAGAUUGCUUCCAGAAAUCUAAUCAGCAGCUUGAUUUUUCCUAUGACCAAGUAACAAAAAAUGACUUAUCAGAAAAUAGUUUUACAAUAUAUAAUCCAAAGGUAAGAAACGGUGGUAUUGAUGUUGAUUAUAAAAGCGUUAAUGUCAGCGAAAAAACCCAAAAAUUACUAUCAAUGGAUUUAAAUAAAAAAAUUGAAACGGUCAACAAUGAAAUGCGACCAAUUAGAUAUAAAGUUUUAACCAAAAAUUAUAAAGAUUUUACUGAGAGGUUAAGUUCAAAUAAAUGUAAUCUAUUGAGAGCUAAAAAUUCCCUAUCGGCAAGCAACGCAGCUAUUAAAAACAUACAAAUAAAAUGUGAAAAAGAUAAUAAUUUGACUUUGACAUCGGAAAAUCAGCAAAAAAAUAUUAUGCCAAUUACUACUUUGGAUAACGGCAUGCAGAGACAGGAUAUCGAUAGGGUCAACGAAAAAUUAUCCGGUCUUUCGACUGAAAUUGAUUUAAAAUCUUUGUCAAUUAAUGGAAAAGAUACAGUCAACGAUAAACAUAGAAAUAAGACUACAGAUCAAAAUAUUUUAACGGAUAAAGUUACUGGAGAAGUAAAUCAGCAAACAAACGUUUACAUUAAAAAUGAGGAAGAGACGUCAAACAAUCAGGCGAAAUCUUAUCAAUUUUUGUCAAAACUACCAAGUGAAAAAAUUAUUGCUGAAAAUACACAAAAAUCAAGCACUAAUUUCACCGAAUCGAUAAAAAGUCAAAAACAAUUAAACAAUGUUACUUUACAAAAUGUUUUGUCAACAAGCUAUUGUGACAAAAACACAAGCCCAAUUUCAAGUCUUUUGAUAGUUGGAUUGGGACAAAAUGGAAAUGAAACGCAAUGCAGAGAAAUGAAUUGCCAAAUGUUAAAAUUGCAGCAAUUAGAUAACGCAAAUGGAUGUGUUUUAAAACAGUGCGGCACGCAAACAAAACAAACUGAAACAGAUUUAAUUUCAGGACAAAAUAUUAAUUUUGUUCAACCAAAAAAACUUUUAGUGGACAAAUCUACUUCGUAUAGAGCAAUAUUUGAAUCCGGAAGCAAAAUCAAUAAUCAGAGUGGAGAUAAAUUAACUUCCUAUAGUUCCCAGCCCCACCAAAGUAGUGAACACUAUAGCAAACACUUUUUUAAAAACAACCAAUACUCCCAACAUUUAGUAAAACAUAACGUACCCAAACAAAGCAUGCGCUUGUCAAAUGAAAACGAUUUCACAAACAAACAUGAUUCACCGGUGACGGGCUUCUCAAAGAAACAAAACAUCGAGCUUCCCGAGAAGAAUCGACACAAAGACCAGCAAUCAACAAUAAACCACGAUACCAAUUCUUCUAUUCAAGAAAAAGUGCUAACUUGGGAGUCCUUGAACAAAAGCGUUGAAAAACAACAGAUUGGCAUGAAGAAUGUCCAGCUUCAAACACUUUCAUCAUCAAGCAUAAACACCGAAGUGUCAUAUGAAAUAAAACCAUCAAAAACUGUUGGCAUCAAUAACGUAAAAUGCGAAGCUCCUCAAAAAAGUAGAAUCGUAACAUAUUCCUUCUCAAACACCGGGUUGAAUGACAAGCAUAAACGGUUUUAUAAAUGUGAAGACAAUGUUUUCAUUCCUUAUGACCCGACGCUUGAAAAAAAACUAAGCGAUAAUUCAAAACUCAAAGCAGCGGGUGUUCUGAAAGACCCUGCUACGUGGAUUUAUGAAGAUGACAAAGUGGAAGUUUAUAAAAGUUCUAUUAAAAAAGACAAUAACAGCUGUCAUAAUUUGAAAUAA